GACAAAGUAGUCGUUAAUUCAUGAACUUCACAAUCUAUCUACAUUUUAGCAUGCCAGCUGGCUCCUCUUUGCUAUACUCAUUAUAAGAGGCGUUAUUUCCCAAGUCAUUCCAUCAACAAAUUACAUUCAAUUUGUGUUCAUUUUAAUCUAAAAUGGAAGUAGAAAUUGAUCUUUUCUCAGUUUUUUCUUCUGCAGAUGGAUGCAACAUGGGAAUGCUGAUGCUAGCUUGCCUGGUUAUUUCCUGGAUCUUCAUCUACAGAUGGAACCAAAGGAACAAAAAAGGCCCGAAAGCAUGGCCACUCAUUGGAGCAGCGAUCGAACAAUUAAUGAACUAUGAUAGAAUGCACGAUUGGCUUGUCAAAUACCUGUCCGAAUCAAAAACCGUGGUAGUUCCAAUGCCAUUCACAACUUAUACAUAUAUUGCCGAUCCUGCUAAUGUUGAACAUGUCUUGAAGACCAACUUUGCCAAUUACCCCAAGGGUGAAACAUAUCAUUCCUAUAUGGAAGUGCUGCUUGGAGAUGGGAUUUUCAAUGUAGAUGGUGAGCUAUGGAAGAAGCAAAGGAAGACAGCUAGCUUUGAGUUUGCAUCCAAGAAUUUGAGGGAUUUCAGCACUGUUGUCUUCAGGGAAUAUAGUCUAAAGCUCCAUUCUAUUCUGAGUGAAGCUUCUUUCCACAACCAAGAAGUGGAUAUGCAGGACUUGUUGAUGAGGAUGACUUUAGACUCCAUUUGCAAGGUGGGGUUUGGUGUAGAAAUUGGAACUCUGGCUCCCAAUUUACCAGAUAACCGCUUUGCUCAGGCAUUUGAUACAGCAAACAUCAUUGUGACACUUCGUUUCAUUGACCCACUGUGGAAAUUGAAAAAAUUUCUCAAUGUGGGCUCCGAAGCUCUACUUGGCAAGAGCAUUAAAGUCAUUGAUGAGUUCACAUACAAUGUCAUAAGGAGAAGAAAAGCAGAGAUAAAAGAAACUCGGGAAUCUUGCAAAACUAUCAAGAAAAAUCAGAUAAAGCAUGACAUAUUGUCAAGAUUUAUUGAGCUAAGUGAAGACCCGGAAGGAAAAUUGACUGACAAAAGUCUUAGAGAUGUUGUCCUGAAUUUUGUGAUCGCUGGCCGUGACACAACAGCCACAACUCUGACAUGGGCCAUAUACAUGAUAAUGAGCCAUGAUCAUGUAGCUGAAAAGCUUUUCUCAGAGCUUAAAGCUUUUGAAGAAGGACAAGCAAGAGAGGAGAAGAUCUCAUUGCUACCAUAUGACUUGGAAGACCCUGAAUCAUUCAAUCGAAGAGCGGCACAAUUUGCAGGUCUCUUGAAUUAUGAUUCACUAGGGAGAUUGUAUUAUCUGCAUGCGGUGAUCACAGAGACACUCCGUUUAUAUCCAGCAGUUCCUCAGGACCCCAAGGGCAUUUUGGAGGAUGAUAUCUUGCCUGAUGGAACCAAAGUAAAAGCAGGAGGCAUGGUUACUUAUGUUCCAUACUCGAUGGGCCGGAUGGAGUAUAAUUGGGGCCCUGAUGCUGCUUCAUUCAGGCCCGAGAGAUGGCUCAAAGAGGGUUACUUCCAGAAUGCAUCUCCAUUCAAGUUCACUGCAUUCCAGGCUGGACCAAGAAUAUGCCUCGGGAAGGACUCUGCAUAUCUCCAAAUGAAGAUGGCAUUGGCCAUUUUCUGUAGAUUUUUCAAAUCCAGUUUGGUGCCAAACCAUCCAGUAAAGUACAGGAUGAUGACUAUUCUAUCAAUGGAACAAGGCUUGAAGCUCAAAAUAGCCAGACAAUAUUGAGGUGGCUUUAUUGGCUUUAUUGGCUAACUAUCAUAUGUCCAAAUGAUAAUAUGCAAAAAUUAUUUAUAUUUCACAAUCAAUCAACUCA